AAAGGUCUGGUCGCAGAGACAGGAACGCGUAAUCCUCAGCGUGCUCCAUCCCGACAGCAUCCUUCCACCGCUCGGCAGGGCAGCGAGACUCUGGGCACCAGCCCCUCUGCUCCGCGGAAAAGUGCAAAACAUUGUGUGAAGCUGAGAAGUGGGAGAGAGUGGCAUUUGUCCAUCUGUUUGCUACCAGUCCUUGAGAACUGUGAAUUCAGCAAAAGCCUGAUGAAGUCCUCCGACAUCGAUCAGGAUUUAUUUACAGACAGUUACUGCAAGGUGUGCAGUGCACAACUGAUAUCCGAAUCUCAGCGCGUGGCCCAUUAUGAGAGUCGAAAACAUGCAAGCAAAGUCCGACUGUAUUACAUGCUUCACCCCAGGGACGGUGGGUGUCCUGCCAAGAGGCUCCGGUCAGAAAAUGGAAGUGAUGCUGAUAUGGUGGAUAAGAACAAAUGCUGCACACUCUGUAACAUGUCUUUUACCUCAGCGGUGGUGGCUGACUCACAUUAUCAAGGCAAAAUCCAUGCCAAAAGGUUAAAACUGUUGCUAGGAGAGAAAACUCCACUAAAGACCACAGCAACCCCCCUGAGCUCACUUAAGCCUCCAAGGGUAGAUGCUGCGCCUGUGGUUGCCUCUCCCUAUCAAAGAAGAGAUUCAGACAGAUACUGUGGCCUCUGCGCAGCCUGGUUUAAUAAUCCUCUGAUGGCCCAGCAACAUUAUGAUGGCAAGAAACACAAAAAGAAUGCGGCAAGAGUUGCUUUAUUAGAACAACUUGGGACAACUCUGGAUAUGGGGGAACUAAGAGGUCUGAGGCGCAAUUACAGAUGUACCAUCUGCAGUGUCUCCCUAAACUCCAUAGAACAGUAUCAUGCGCACCUGAAAGGAUCCAAACAUCAGACCAACCUGAAGAAUAAGUAGUGAAAACAUCAAUCAAGAGAUGAGAAAAAAAUGUCAGGAUUUCUCUGCCCUGGAGAAUUGCUUAUCAACCACCAGAGGAGGAUUCUUUCUUGAACAAUGAACAUUUCUUAUGAGGAUUCACAGAUUAACAUAUGACUAAUUUUAGUUUUGGAGAAUAAAUGAGCUUUCUUUCUUCCUUUCUUCCUUAUUUUUUUUUAAUUUUGUGGUAAGUUAUGAUAUUUGGAUUUUUAAAUUCUUUCCUGAUAAUUUAUUUAGCACAUAUUCUAAAUUAUAACCCUAUAGCGAACAGUGGGAACAUCAUUCAAACUUAAAGACAGUAGAAAAAUCUAAAUCUCCAGUUCAUUCUACAUUUCCUUAACAGAUAAAAUUAUUCUAUUAAGUCCUUGAUGACUGAGCUGUAAACCACCUCUACCAAGAAAUAAACAUUUUUUUCAUCAUGUUGAACCUAACUGUGGCAACAUGCACAGAACCAGAAUCACUAUUAGUAGAAGAUACAUAAUGGACACAAGUAUGGGUCCUUCUAAUUUUACCUUAAAAAAUGUGAGCCAGUUUUGCCAUCUGAACAACGAGAAUGAAGAGGGCAAAUAGAAGAAGGAUCCUCAUCUUUUUUUUUUCCUGAUCAUUCAAAGAACAGUUUCUCCAAGUUAAGCUGAGUCCUUUUUGCAAGCUGCCAAAAUAAUAGCUUAGGAAAAGAAUUAGUUUGCCUGCAUGAUGAUCCUCUUAGGCAAAAACAUCUUCACAGCAGUUGACCUUGAUGAAAUGUUUUCCCAAAGGCAUCCAAAAGAAGAAUUAUAAACCCCAGAAUGAGAGAGAAAUAAAUGAAUACUUCUUACAAAGUUGGCCUGACUUGUGGGCUUUAGUGUGGUGUACUGAUGAUUUGGAAACCAGUUGAGUAAAUUCUGAAGAAUGACAGCCUUGGGUAUGGUGAGGUCCCCUAUUCCUCUGUGUCUCACUGAAAUAUUCUUGCUGAACCAAGAUUCGAUCACUUUGGAAAGAACACCAGUGGCCAGCAUGGCAGACUGGAACCCUGUUACUCUCUGGAUGCGGAACGUCUCAGUGUAAAUCAUAAAGCUGUUUCUCUAGGUUUAAUUCUUCUCUCUCGUGACUGGAUUUGGUGUCCUGCAGGCUGGAUGCAAAGCCAGGCAUUUAGCUUCUAUUCAUGAUGCUUCUCAGUGCUCUGGCUGGGAUUGCCUUUUGUACAUUGUGACCACAGGCAAUUGAUCUCCUGGUCCCAGGCUUUUCUGAUCUAUUGUUUUUCCACAGAGAGCUGAGAUGGUUACAGCUCAGUGAGCAAUAAAUGAAAUGACUUAGAAAUGCACAGUGUUGUUAUUAAGGUGUUUGAAAGUUGGCACCAUUCCCUUGAAGAGAGCCCACUCAGGAGGGGCCAGCGUGACCAGUUUCCGUGCCUGCAGAGAGAAGCUGCCACACCAGCCACGUGCAGUCGUGUGGGAAGGAAGGAGGGUUUGAUGGAAAACAAUCUGUUUUGCUGUGCUGGGAAAGCACAUAACAGAACUACAAACCUCCAAUGAUGACUUUAGUUCAAAUGUGUAAAAUAAGGUUUUGUUUGUCAAUUCUGCUGUAAAAUACGCACUGUCCAAGUUACAACAACAACAAAAAAGUCUUUGUUUCUGUGUUUAGUGAAUGAGCUCAUGCCCUCAGGUUUUUUGUUUUGUUUUGUUUUAAUAACCUAAUAUCCUACAGAUGAGCCUAUGAACAUAGAUCUCUUUUGCUCUACAGAGAGGCUAUGCCAACCUUUUAUAGUUAAGCUUCCAGAUAUAAUAAUCCUAUUAUUUCAGAAUUCCUCAUCUAAGUACCGUUGCUCUUUGGCAAUCUGUCAAGUGAAAGUGAAUA